GCCAGUGGGCUAGGGUAGCAUAUAUACUACCAGCAUGCUCACUCCCAAGCCACACUCGCUACACCACCACAUCAGUCACACACUCACACGACACAAGUAGUUGAUCAGUCCAUGGAGAACAGAGGCGUGAGAGGAGACCAUGGCCGCCUCCACCUCGACCACCACCAGCUGCUGCUGCGGCCGGCGGCAGCGUGGACCUUGUCCGCGGGCGGCGGCGUGCCGUGGCCGGUGGCCGCGCAGAGGUCGUCGUCGUCGUACACGUGCGGGUACUGUAAGAGGGAGUUCCGGUCGGCGCAGGCGCUAGGGGGGCACAUGAACGUCCACCGCAGGGAGAGGGCCAGGCUCCGCCACUACUACUCCCACAGGCUUCCCAACCUCAACCUUUUGCCGCCGCUGUACUGCUGCACCAGCAACACGACGCCGACCUCGCCGGCCGUAUACAGCUUCUUCUCCACGACGGCGGCCGAGGUGGCGACAAAGCCUGCUGCAUUAGAGGUGAACUUGGAGCUUGAGGUUGGAGAAGGGUUCGGUGAUGCAGGUUUGGAUCUUGAGCUCAGGCUUGGUUGCUCUUGACUCCUCAGUCCUCACAUUGUCAUCCAUAGCAAACUAGCUGUGUGUAAAACCGUGGAAGCGUGUUGCACUCUUGCUAGAGUUAACAUUGGGUUUCAAGCUAGAUGUACUAGCUAGUAAUGUUAUUCGCAAAAAAAGGCAGUAAUGAAGUACUGAUGUUGCCAGCUACAACAUAUAUGUGUAGUCUGCUCUUCUCAUGUUUUAGUUAUAUGUAUCUUCAAUUACUUUGGAGAAAGAUUUGUUCAAGCACUAGGACACUUGUAACUUCUAGUGCUCUAGCUAGCUAGCUAGUUAGCACUUAGUAAUUGAUUAAUUGUCCUAGGAGGCUGGGAUUGCAUCAGUUACAGUUAUAAACUUAUAUGCAGUAAUUCCCUAGGAACCCUUUUUUUCCCUUUUUGUGUUGCGUGUUUGUCUUGUGAUUGAAGACACUCCUGAAUUAAUGAAUUGUGGCAAAUCUUUUGCCACCCCUUUUAAUUU